UUCUUCUUUUUCUUUUCUUCUUUUUUCUUUUCUUCUUUUUUCUUUUCACUCAAAUAAUAAAAAUGAAUGAAGGCUUAUUGUCUGUAAAGAAUGCAUCAGGUAGACAAGUAAGUCUCUUGAAUUCAAACGAGGAACCACAACCAGUAGCAAUAAAUACACCUGAAGAAUGGCAGCAAGACCCACAACAAUCAAAAAGAAAAUACCACUGUAUUGAACCUGGAUGUAAUAAAAGCUUCACUACAAGUGGCCACCUUGCCAGACACAACAGGAUUCAUACAGGUGAAAAAAACUUUCCUUGUUUAUUCCCUGGUUGUCAAUCAAGAUUUUCACGUCAAGACAAUAUGAUGCAGCAUUAUAGGACACAUAUGUCACCCAAGUCAAGAAGAUCCCAAAAAAGGGGGAUUGCAGAAGAUGCUAGACCAAGGCCUCGAUUACAUGCUCAUCAUCGUAUUCGUUCUGACCCUGUUCGAGUCGAACCUCCGUUGACUAUUGAUCAGCAUCUUUCGAACUAUCAUCAGUCAUUAAGAGCCACACCACAUACCGAUCCUGUUGAACGAUAUACGCCAGUUCGAUUCAAUUUCCCUUUACCUCUCUCUUCUACUGCAAGAACACCUUCUAAUCUUAAAAAGAUAGUUCAGAAAGAAGACCCAACACCCUCACCUACUUUAUCUCACUCUUCAUCCUCUACUUCAUUACCUUCCCUUCACCAGAUGAUGGAUGACAAUACCACAAAUAGUAGUGAACCUGAUAAUCCAACAGUGUCCAAAGAACCACCUAAAUCCAGUACAAAUCUCUUUUAUCAACAUCGUCCCUUAACUUUCACAAGACCACAAAACACAAGUUUCCCGUACACAUUGCUUCAUCCCGCACAGCAACAACACCAACAACAGCAAGAAGAAUUGUCCAACGUCACACGAAAUCAGAACAGUGGGAAUAAAGAUGAUCCAAUGGAAGAAGACGACAAAAAUAACAAAUCACCUUCGUCUGGAGGUUUACUUCAGUUAGCUCAUAUUGUCUCUACUUUUGGAUGAAAAAAUAGUCGUCUUUUGUAAUACCAUUAUUUAUUGAGAUGUGCAUAUCCACAUCCCUUUUUUUUUAUGCACUUGUCACUCCCUUUUU